AUGCCUGUCGAAUUAUGGAGUAGUGGGCAGCCUCCCAAGCAUAAGGAUGAUAAGGAAGAAUCUGUAAAUGUUGAUGCAGAGGAUGAUGAGGAAGAAGCUGUAAAUGUUGAUGAAGAGGAUGAUGACGAAGAGCGCCUGCAGUUCAUAGAUAGUGACUAUGAGCAAACAAAUGAAGAACAAGAUAAACAAAAGGGAGCAGAAGAUGACAGGUGGUUUGAUACGCAUGUAGUGGAUGAAGCUUCUGAAGAACCAGAUAAAGAACCUGGUGAAGUUCCAAGUGAUGACUAUAAUUCAGAGGACCUUCUAAGUGUUUCAGAAGAGGAAGAUGAAGGUGAUGAAAAUCCAAGUGUGAAAAAGUAUUUCAUAUUGGCGUGGAGUUUGCUAUAA